AUGUUCUCCUUCGGCAAGAUGUUCAACGCUGUGGUCCUGGCGCUUGCGUGCUCCUCGGUCGUCACCGCGGCUCCCUGGGACGCGACGGCGAAGUUCAGCACGCACCGCACGCGCGAACUCGCUCGCGGGCUUACGGUCGAGUCCUACCACCCGCCCACGACGUACAAGACGUACGGCAAGGGCUUGGACAACACGCAUGCUGCUCGCGUCAAGCGCGACGGUAUUGAGGCCGCAUCCACCUCGUUCGUCGCUGAGCAGCUCGGCGUUGACGAGAACGCGGUCAACUUCAAGUCUGGCUAUGAGAGCGCGUCGGCUCACUAUGGGUACCUGCGCCAGUCCCACGACAAUGUGCCCUUCGCGAACGCGGUUGCCAACGUUGCCUUUAAGGACGACAAGGUCGUGUCAUUCGGUCACUCGUUCGUCCCUACCGACAACAUCGCUUCGUCGACGCCCACUAUCGAGAUCGACUCGUUUAUCUCCGAUAUCGAGGCGCAGCUCGACGGCAAGUUCAACGACUACGCCAGCCUCGAGUACGUCGCGAAAGCCGACGGCAGCGUCGCGCUCGUGCACGUCGUCCAGAUCCGCAACGAGGAGACCAACGCGUGGUACGAGGCAAUGGUGGACGCGCACUCGGGCGAGCUUGUGUCCAUCACGGACUUCGUCGCCGACGCGUCCUACACGGUUGUCCCUAUCAACAAGCAGGACCCGACGGAGGGCAUUGAGACGCUCCAGAACCCCGCUCUGUCGGCGGCGUCGCCGAACGGCUGGCACAGCAGCGGUAGCUCGACGACUACCAACACUUCCGGCAACAACGUCAUCGCCUACAAGGGCUCGACGUCGUCGGGGACCACCUCCCAAAGUUCGAGCGGCCAGGUCUUCAACUACAAGUAUGACACCAGCGUCGCGCCCACCUCGGGCGACAACGUCAAGGCCGCGACGGUGAACUCGUUCUACAUCAUCAACAGUCUGCAUGACAUCAGCUACAUCUACGGCUUCACCGAGGCGGCCUACAACUUCCAGAACGACAACUUUGGCAAGGGUGGCGCGGGUAACGAUCGCGUCCUCAUGUCCGUGCAGGACUCGAGCGGCACCAACAACGCCAACUUUGCGACGCCGCCCGAUGGCCAGUCGGGUCAGUGCCGCAUGUACAUCUGGACCUACACGAACCCGCGCCGCGACGGCGACCUCGAGAACGACAUCCCCGUCCACGAGGGCACGCACGGCAUCACGAACCGCAUGACCGGCGGCGGCACCGGCCGCUGCCUGCAGACCACCGAGGCCGGCGGCAUGGGCGAGGGCUGGUCGGACGCGAUGGCCGAGUGGACCGAGUGGGACAGCGCGUCCAUCCACGACUUCACCAUGGGCGGCUGGGUCACGGGCAGCUCCGCGGGCAUCCGCAGCUACCCGUACUCGACGAGCGCGAGCACGAACCCGCUCCGGUACUCGUCCAUCCGCACGCUGAACGAGGUGCACGACAUCGGCGAGGUGUGGGCGAACAUGCUGCACAACGUGUACGCGGCGCUCGUCGGCGAGUACGGCUUCGAGGCGAGCUUCAAGACGAGCGCGGACAGCGAGGCGGGCAACGUCGUGUACAUGCAUCUUUUCAUCGACGCGCUCGCGCUGCAGCCGUGCAACCCUACGCUCCCGACUGCGCGCGAUGCGUGGAUCCAGGCGGAUGAGAACAGGUACGGUGGCGAGCACGUCUGCACCGUUUGGACCGCAUUCGCAAGCCGCGGCCUGGGUGUCAACGCAAGCGGAUACCGCGACGACACGACCGUUCCCUCUGAGUGCCGUUAA